GUUGUUCUCACUUGACAGGGAUAUGGACUCCGGAGAUCGGCCGUCCGCGCCCCGCUGGAGUAUACAAUCAGACCAGCAGCCUUCGUCCAUAACUUAGACACCAACCACUCCAAUGGCAUCGUUAAAGGUUGCAGUUAUUACGGGGGCAUCCUCUGGUAUUGGACGCCAUACAGCCAUCAAACUCUCCUCCGAGGGCUGGAGCUUGGCAUUGACUGCUCGAAGGUUAACUGAGCUCGAAGGAACAAGGUCCCUCUGUUCAAAUCCCGAUGCAUGUAUCCUCGUUCCUGGUGACAUCACAGACGAAGCCUUCGUCAAAAGCCUGUUCGAGGAGACCAUAAAGAAAUUCGGUAGACUGGACCUGUUGUUCAACAAUGCGGGCUUGUCUGACAAGGCGAACCCCAUCGAGGACAUGCCGCUCGAGAUGUUCACAUCGGUAAUUAAUGUCAACCUCAUUGCUACGUUCCUUUGCACUCGCGAAGCUUUCAAGAACUUCAAGAAGCAAACACCCACUGGAGGAAGAAUCAUCAACAACGGCUCCUUGGCUGCUCAUGUGCCAAGGCCUCAUUCUGUUGCGUACGCGGCCUCCAAACACGCCGUGCACGGUUUGACUAAGACCAUCGCAAUCGAGGGGCGAAAAUACAACAUCGCCGUGACGCAGAUUGACAUAGGAAAUGCGCACACAACGAUGGCUGCAGGACACACUUUAGGAGCAUUGCAGCCUGAUGGUCGGAGAGUAGUCGAACCGACUUUCGAUCCGGUACACGUUGCGGAUGCCAUUGCACAUGUUGCGAGCCUGCCCACGUCUGUCACGGUGCUGGAGAUGAAUAUCAUGGCGACUGGUGCUCCUUACGUCGGAAGAGGAUGACCGUCGACAUUACAAACGAUAAGUGUGGACGAAGACGGCGGGAUGCCUCAGCAGAACUUUUACCUGAGCGUGUUGACAUCGUUUUAGAUUUCAUGUGUACUACGACCCACACCGUCUGUCAAUGCAUGCAAAUAAGAAUUGUCCGUGCAAGUGCCAUGAUAUCAAGUUGAGACAGUGCGCGGUGGUCACUGGUGGUUAACCUAAUUUGUCAU